AUGGAAACCUCUUUAAAAAUAAAUGUCCUAUUCAUUAAAGAGAAAUCGUGCUAUUCAAUUCGAAAGAAAAAGACCAUACUAAGAGAUGGCAAUGUCUCCAAUGUUUCUCUGAAAUUAAUAAACAAUUCCAAUCAAUUUCUGAACUUACUGCUUAAAUAACUGGGAUUUGUGAAAACUUCUAAAAGGUACAACGCAAUUAUGGGGAACACUCCUCAAAUACUGUUCACAACGAUCAAUAAUGGCUAUUUUAAGCAUGUUCCUCAAUGGAAAAUCACAAAUGUUUAAUACACAGUUAAAAUUCUAUCAUAAUAAGCAAAAAUAAUUCUAGCAUAAAGAAGCUAUGUCUUAUUUGCAUAGUGGAAUAAGAAGAAGGGUAUUGUUUGAGUUAAGAUAUGAUUAAUUAUUUAAACAAUAAGAAGAGGAUAAUUCUAGAUAAUGCUUUAGAAAUUUAAGAAUACAAUCUAAAUAUUUUAAAAGAACUAAAAGACUCGUUAUUAAAUUAUAAAAUUAGGAUAGAAUAAAAUAUUAAUAAAUUCUUUGAGAACCUUGAAUGUAAUGUCAAUUUGAUUAUCAAUUCUUAUAAAUAUUAAUCUGAGUUUAUAAAGGACAUUUCAAGUGAUAACAUUGAUUUGAUGAUUAAAUAGCUAAGUAAAACUGAGGUAAUUCAAACUAAUUUUAGGGAUAUAAAAGAAAAUAUUACUAUUAACAUAUAGAAGUUGUAAACAUCGAAAGAAAUGGAUGCUUUAUAUGAAUCUUUAAACAAAUUAUGUUUAUAAAAUAGGGGCAACAUAUUUGAAUUUCUAAAUUAGUUUAAAAAGGAUGGCAAGGUUUAACUGAAAACACCUUCGAUAAAUUGCAAGAAUAUCAUUUCUUAUUUACAAAAAGAUUGGUGUGAUACAAUUGAGUUUGAUUAGAGUUCUACUAGAGUGAUUCAUGGUAGUUUUACACAUAUUAAAUAAUGUGAAUUAAAAAAAGGGGAAAUCAAAUUAAUUAACAAAUUUUAUGGGCAUGAAUGGAUGGUAACAUGUUUAAAGUUUUUGUAAAAAUCCGAUUUGUUUUUUCAGGAGGAAGAGAUAAUUAAAUUAAAUUAUGGUCUAAUAUAGCAACCAACAAAAAAUAUUUAGGAGUUUUAGUUGGCCAUUCAUCAAUGA